AUGGCGUCCACUUCUAAAACCAGUCCUCAUUUGCAGAGCAUUGAGAAGUCCCAGCAACUAAUGGUCAAUGGGAAACCCUUUCUCAUGCUGGGUGCUGAACUGCAAAACUCUUCCAUGACCUCGCCGGCGUACAUGGACACAGUGUGGCAAAAGCUCGUAGACACCCACAUCAAUACAGUCCUAGGAUGCGUGACGUGGGAGGAUAUCGAGCCGGUCGAGGGCAAGUUUGACUUCUCGGAACUAGACAAAGUCAUUGAAGGUGCGAGAGCACAUGGUCUUCAUCUUGUGCUGCUCUGGUUUGGAUCCUUCAAGAAUGGUCUUUCGUCAUAUACACCUUCAUGGGUGAAGAAAGAUGUAAAGCGGUUUCCAAGAGCACAUUUGAGAAAAUCUGGGGGCAUCCUUCAGACGGCUGACGUUGUCUCUAUUUUUCACACCGAAGCUCGCGAUGCGGAUACCCGAGCAUUUUCCACUCUUAUGCGCCAUGUGAAAGAGAUCGAUGCGGCUCACGGUACUGUCAUCAUGACUCAAGUCGAGAACGAGACUGGUUUACUGGGCGACUCUCGAGAUGGUAGUUCAGCAGCGAACAAGAAGUUCUCCGAGCCAGUACCCAAGGACCUCGUGGAACAUCUCUCCUCGAAAUGGGAUUCUUUAUCCCCAGACCUGAGAGCUAAUCUACAAGUCUUCAAAGGCCUUGGCCAGAAGUCAGGUUCUUGGGAAUCCGUCUUUGGUAAGAGCAAGCAAACAGAUGAGCUCUUCAUGGCUUACCAUUACGCUCUGUAUGUCAACCACGUGGCGGCCGCUGGAAAGAAAAAAUACAACAUUCCUUUGUACACCAAUGUGUGGCAAAACUACGUGGGAUCAGAUGAUGAUAAUGCAUUUCCAGUCAUCGCUGGUGGCGGCGGCGAACCUGGAGAUUAUCCUUCAGGAGGUGGAGUGAGCAAUGUGCUUGACAUCUGGAAAACUUUCGCGCCGUCUCUCGAUUUCAUCGCUCCAGAUAUCUACCUCAACGAUUACAGCGCAUCUUGCAAGAAAUAUCGUCAUCUUGAUCAACCAUUGUUCAUUCCAGAGCAACGACGAGAUGAGUAUGGCGCACGCCGAAUCUGGAAAGCAUUUGGCAGCUUCCAGGCGAUUGGUACUUCCCCGUUUGGUAUCGAUACAUUAGAGCCGGAGACAAAUCCAUUCACCAGACACUACAAAUUGCUGUCGCAGGUCAAGGACAUAGUUUUAGAAACACACAGAAAACCUGGUUCAUCAAUAGGAUUCUUCUUUGAUGAGCUUCUCGAGGAUGGCCGCGACCCCUCUCCACCCACCAUUGCACGAUUCGGCGACUUCGAAGUAACAAUCAAGCGCUGCUUCGUAUUCGGCAAACCGGGAUCUGGGGCAGGAAUGCUCAUCCAUCAAGGCGAUGGAAAAUUCCUCUUGAUCGGAUGGGGUUUCCAGGCCGAGUUUAAGAGCAAAUCUCCGAAAUCCACAUUCACAGGCAUAUUGAACUUCACUGAGAAGAUGAUGGACAAGGAAACUGGCAAAUUGAUCACCGGCAAGAAGCUCAAUGGCGAUGAGACUCGAAGUGGAAAGUACCUCAUGAUGCCAAAUGAGGAUCCUGACUAUGGUGGUUUUCCCAUCUGCGUCACUAUCCCGGCUCGUACCAUGAUCGCUGAGUGCGAAGUCUAUUCGCUGGAGGAGGGCAGUGGUGAUUUGUAG